AUUGAUAAAGAGCUUUUGACAAAGAUGAGAACACAAUUUGAGGAAAAUCGAUGGGCAAUCCCAUCUUUGGUUCAUAAAAUUCAAGUGGAUGAUUAACACAACCAACAAUCCAUACAAAUUCCUCCCAAAUUUGCCUCCCUUCCCUUCCUUCUUCUCUCCUUCUCUAUCUCUUAAUGCGAAACUUGGGACCCAUAAAAUCAUGGAUUUCGAAGCUCGACGACGUCGUUUAGCUGUACUAUGCGCGCAUCUUUGCCCUUCUCGCUUCGAUUCACGCCACACCCACAUCGUAUCCACAUCGAAUUGCUCGUCUAACACUUCCAAUCUUCAACUGGAUUGCGUUUUUUGCCAGAUUAUUCAGGGUUAUUCCCCUGCUUUUAAGAUUUACGAAGAUGAUACGUGCCUUUGCAUUUUGGAUACAAAUCCACUGAGUCGUGGGCACUCUCUUGUUAUACCAAAACAUCAUUAUUGUUCCUUGGAUGUAACUCCGCCAUCGGUGAUAGCUUCCAUGUGCUCAAAAAUACCCUUCAUCAGCAAUGCAAUUAAGAAAGCAACAGGCUGUGAUUCCUUCAACCUGUUGGUCAACAAUGGUGCCGCUGCUGGUCAAGUCAUAUUUCAUACACACAUACAUAUAAUCCCACGAAAGGUGCAUGAUAGUUUGUGGGCUUCAGAGAGCUUGAGGCGACUAUCUUUGAAAUUGGAUCAAGACGCACCUCGUCUUGCAGAAAGCAUACGAGAACAGAUUGUAGUUGCAAAUAAAGAGGAAAAACGCAAGGAUCAAGGAUCCGAUUUGCCUGGGAUAUCUAGAGAUUGAUCCCUUAAAUGUAAUCUUUGUACACUAAUUUGAUUUAAAUACCUAAUGGAUUGCUUCAUUCACUUGAGUCUGGUAUCUUGAAAGCAUGUAGAAAUAUCCAUUAUUGUAUAAAAAUAAGCUAGUUUCAGAUCUAUUGUAAUCUGUAGGGGUGAAAGUUUUUGGUUUGCAUUCCAUACAAAUCCAAAUCAAACUGAAUAAAAUUUGAUUUUGAUAUUUUCAGUUCAAAUUCAAAUCAUAAUAUUUUUAAAUACCAAUCCAAAUUGAACCGAAUAGAUCGAUUUGCACCUACUUGUAUAUGUUCCACCGAAAAUU